GGCGAGCGGCUUGGAGCGCGGCCGGGCAGAUCUGCGCCGCCGCCGUCGGGCGCGCAGCUCUGCAGCGCGGAGAUAGCUUCGGAGCCCGCAGCCUCAGGGGCCCAGCGAUCCCGCAUUGUGCCUGGCGCGGAUGCGGGGGUCCGCGACGAGCGUCCUAGGUUGAUGGCUGCCUUCCAGAUGUUAACACUGUCAGAAGCUUGAUUUCUGUGUGAUCGAAUCACUGUGGAUUGAGACCCAUCUUCUGAGGCCCCGAACGAAGAGGAGGAAGGUUAGUCCUGACAUGGGGUGUGAUGCUCUGAAUCCCAGCCCCUAACCUAGGAUAUGAGCGUCCCUGGCUGAUGGCACCUUCCGACGUCUUGGCACAGCUACUUCUGUUUGGAAUGGGGUAUUGGGUACAUUCUCCCAGACUCAGAUGAGGCCGUGAUGGCCACCCCACCGGGCAGGUGCUGACGUCAUCUCCGGCUUCAGCAUCUAAAUGCCACACUGCACUUGGCACUUGGCCUCGGGACCACUAUUGCCUUUUAAGACCAUAAAACCAUGGGAAACGCAGAAAGUCAAAAUGUAGACCAUGAGUUUUACAGAGAAAAGCAUGCCAGCCUGGGGCGAAAGCACACGUCGAGGUCGCUGCGCCUGUCACACAAAACGCGGCGCACGCGACAUGCGUCCUCCGGGAAGGCGAUCCACAGGAACUCCGAGGUGAGCACCCGAUCCAGCAGCACACCUAGCAUCCCCCAGUCUCUGGCCGAAAAUGGCUUGGAGCCCUUCGCCCAGGAAGGCACCCUGGAGGACUUCGGGAGCCCCAUCUGGGUGGACCGAGUAGAUAUGGGCUUGAGACCUGUGUCGUACACCGAUUCUUCUGUCACUCCCAGUGUAGACAGCAGUAUCGUCCUCACAGCAGCCUCUGUGCAGAGCAUGCCAGACUCGGAGGAGAGCAGGCUGUACGGAGAUGACGCUACAUAUCUGGCUGAGGGAGGCAGGAGGCAGCAUCCCUAUGCAUCCAACGGGCCCACUUUCAUGGAGACGGCGAGCUUUAAGAAGAAACGCUCCAAAUCUGCAGACAUCUGGCGGGAGGACAGCCUGGAAUUCUCACUCUCUGAUCUGAGCCAAGAACAUUUAACAAGCAACGAAGAAAUCUUGGGUUCUGCGGAAGAGAAGGACAGCGAAGAGGCUCGGGGGAUGGAAACGCGGGCGAGUCCGCGGCAGCUCGGCACCUGUCAGCGUGCCAAUUCCUUGGGUGACUUGUACGCCCAGAAGAACUCCGGGGUGACGGCAAACGGGGGACCAAGGAGCAAAUUUUCAGGCUGCUGUCGGAAUUUGGUGUCUGAUAUUCCUGAUCUCGCAAACCAUAAGAUGCCACCAGCUGCUGCCGAAGAGACCGCUCUGUACAGUAAUUACAACACACUUCCCUGUAGGAAAUCUCACUGUCUUUCCGAAGGUGUCAGCAACCCACAAAUUAGCCAUAGCAACAGUAUGCGAGGGAGAAGAGCAAAAACAACUCAGGAUGUUAACGCAGGCGAAGGCAGCGAGUUUGCAGACAGUGGGAUUGAAGGGGCUGCCACCGACACGGACCUCCUGUCCAGGCGCUCGAAUGCCACUAACUCCAGCUACUCGCCCCCCACGGGCCGGGCCUUUGUGGGCAGCGACAGUGGCAGCAGCUCCACAGGGGAUGCGGCUCGCCAGGGGGUGUACGAGAACUUCCGGAGGGAGCUGGAGAUGAGCACCAACAGCGAGAGCUUGGAGGAGGCGGGCUCCGCGCACAGUGACGAGCAGAGCAGCGGCACCCUGAGCUCGCCCGGCCAGUCCGACAUCCUGCUGACAGCUGCGCAGGGCACGGUGCGCAAGGCCGGGGCGCUGGCCGUCAAGAACUUCCUGGUGCACAAGAAGAACAAGAAGGUGGAGUCAGCCACCCGGAGGAAGUGGAAGCACUACUGGGUGUCCCUGAAAGGAUGCACGCUCUUCUUCUAUGAGAGCGAUGGCAGGUCUGGGAUUGACCACAACAGCAUCCCCAAGCAUGCCGUGUGGGUGGAGAACAGCAUUGUGCAGGCCGUGCCUGAGCACCCCAAGAAGGACUUCGUCUUCUGCCUCAGCAAUUCACUGGGCGAUGCCUUCCUCUUUCAGACCACCAGCCAGACUGAGCUGGAGAACUGGAUCACCGCCAUUCACUCUGCCUGUGCAGCUGCCGUUGCGAGACACCACCACAAAGAGGACACGCUCCGGCUCCUGAGGUCGGAGAUCAAAAAGCUGGAACAGAAGAUCGACAUGGAUGAAAAGAUGAAGAAAAUGGGCGAAAUGCAGCUGUCCUCCGUCACCGACUCAAAGAAGAAGAAAACUAUAUUAGACCAGAUCUUUGUCUGGGAGCAAAAUCUCGAACAGUUCCAAAUGGACCUAUUCCGGUUCCGCUGUUACUUAGCCAGUCUCCAGGGUGGGGAGUUGCCAAACCCCAAAAGGCUGCUUGCUUUUGCAAGCCGACCAACGAAAGUGGCGAUGGGCCGCCUUGGAAUCUUUUCUGUGUCAUCGUUUCAUGCCCUGGUGGCAGCACGGACUGGUGAAACUGGAGUGAGGAGGCGUACUCAGGCUAUGUCCAGAUCUGCAAGCAAGCGAAGGAGCAGGUUUUCUUCACUUUGGGGUCUGGACACCACCUCCAAAAAGAAGCAAGGACGCCCAAGCAUCAAUCAGGUGUUUGGAGAGGGAACCGACGCUGUAAAGAAAUCUUUAGAGGGACUAUUUGAUGACAUUGUUCCAGAUGGCAAGAGGGAGAAAGAAGUGGUCUUACCUAGCGUCCACCAGCACAAUCCUGACUGUGACAUCUGGGUCCACGAGUAUUUUACUCCGUCCUGGUUCUGUCUGCCCAAUAAUCAGCCAGCCUUGACAGUUGUCCGGCCAGGGGACACUGCACGGGAUACCCUGGAGCUGAUUUGCAAGACACAUCAGCUGGACCAUUCUGCUCACUACCUGCGUCUAAAAUUUCUCAUAGAAAACAAAAUGCAGUUCUACAUCCCUCAGCCGGAAGAGGACAUUUAUGAGCUGCUGUAUAAGGAAAUUGAGAUUUGUCCCAAAGUCACUCAGAACAUCCAGAUUGAGAAGUCAGACACAGCAGCUGAUAAUUAUGGGUUUUCACUUUCUUCUGUGGAAGAGGAUGGUGUGCGAAGGCUGUAUGUGAACAGUGUGAAGGAAACUGGAUUAGCUUCCAAGAAAGGCUUGAAGGCGGGAGAUGAGAUUCUUGAGAUCAAUAAUCGUACUGCCGGGACGCUGAAUUCAUCUAUGCUCAAAGAUUUCCUCUCGCAGCCCUCCCUGGGCCUCCUGGUGAGGACCUGCCCCAAGCUGGAGGCAGGAGUGGAGCUGCUGGAGAGUCCGCCCCACCGAGUGGACGGCCCUGCCGACCUGGGCGAGAGCCCGCUUGCCUUCCUCACCAGCAACCCAGGACAUAGCCUCUGCAGCGAACAGAGCAGCAGUGCUGAGACUGCCCCAGACGAGACCGACGGGCCGGACUUGGAAUCCUCCGAUGAGACAGAUCACAGCAGCAAGAGUACAGAGCAGGUGGCCGUGUUUUGCCGCAGUUUGCACGAGAUGAACCCUUCUGACUCCAGCCCGUCCCCUCCGGAUGCCACGGGGCCUCAGCUGGCCACCAUGAGACAGCUGUCAGACGCGGACAAGCUGCGCAAGGUCAUUUGCGAGCUUCUGGAGACUGAGCGCACCUAUGUGAAAGACUUAAACUGUCUCAUGGAGAGAUACCUGAAGCCCCUUCAAAAGGAGCCUUUCCUCACCCAGGAUGAGCUUGAUGUGCUCUUUGGAAACCUAACGGAAAUGGUGGAGUUUCAAGUCGAGUUCCUUAAAACUCUAGAAGAUGGAGUUAGGCUGGUACCUGAUCUGGAAAAACUUGAGAAAGUCGACCAAUUUAAGAAAGUGCUGUUCUCUCUGGGGGGAUCCUUUCUGUACUACGCUGACCGCUUCAAGCUCUACAGUGCCUUCUGCGCCAGCCACACGAAAGUCCCCAAGGUCCUGGUCAAAGCCAAGACCGACACAGCUUUCAAGGCGUUCUUGGAUGCCCAGAACCCGAGGCAGCAGCACUCGUCCACGCUGGAGUCUUACCUCAUCAAGCCCAUCCAGAGGAUACUCAAGUACCCAUUGCUGCUCAAGGAGCUCUUUGCCCUGACCGACGCAGAGAGCGAGGAGCACUACCACCUGGACGUGGCCAUCAAGACCAUGAACAAGGUCGCCAGUCACAUCAACGAAAUGCAGAAAAUCCACGAAGAGUUUGGGGCUGUGUUUGACCAACUGAUUGCUGAGCAGACUGGUGAGAAGAAGGAGGUUGCAGAUCUGAGCAUGGGUGACCUGCUCUUGCAUACCACUGUCAUCUGGCUAAACCCACCAGCCUCUCUGGGAAAGUGGAAAAAAGAACCAGAAUUGGCGGCCUUUGUCUUCAAAACCGCUGUGGUCCUCGUGUAUAAAGAUGGUUCCAAACAGAAGAAGAAGCUUGUGGGAUCUCACAGACUUUCGAUUUACGAGGAGUGGGACCCCUUCCGAUUUCGCCACAUGAUCCCCACUGAAGCCCUGCAGGUCCGAGCUUUGGCAAGUGCAGAUGCAGAGGCAAAUGCUGUGUGUGAAAUUGUCCACGUGAAAUCAGAAUCUGAAGGGAGGCCGGAGAGGGUCUUCCACCUGUGCUGCAGCUCUCCAGAGAGCCGGAAGGAUUUCCUGAAGGCCGUGCAUUCAAUCCUGCGAGAUAAGCACCGAAGACAGCUCCUCAAAACCGAAAGCCUCCCCUCGUCCCAGCAGUAUGUCCCCUUUGGAGGAAAAAGAUUAUGUGCGCUGAAAGGCGCCAGGCCAGCCAUGAGCAGGGCAGGUACUGUGGGGAUUCAGACGUUCAAGAUCCCCGUUACCCCCACUCCACUGUAGGACACCAGGGAGCUCGACGUCUUUGUUGAGCAGGAGUUAGAUGUGGCCCUGGGAGGCUAACACGGGAGUACCUUCCUCCCUGGUGUGGGGUUCCUUGCCCUUGCUGCUUCCCUGGGGCUCUGCCCUUCCUUCACUCCUCUUGCCUUUCUCCCUCAAGUCUUCCCUUCGCUGCCCUCUCCUUCUGGCUGGUGAGCGCCUCUCAUUUGCUGAGCCAGCAAGCGAAUGCAUCCUCUUUCUGGAGGGGCUGUCUUAGCACCCUUGUGGAAUAACAGUCGCUGCUUUGCAUGGCGGCCAGCUUUGUUCAGCAAAAAGCAGUGUGCCAUAUCUCAGCAAGGUCAGAGCCCACUGUUCUGGGAACCUGGCAGCUUUGUAAUCUGGCAGCACACCAAUGCCUAGUCUCAGGGGUCUGGGUUUAGUAGGCCAGAUGACAGGUCAAGAUGGUGGCCCCCGCCUCGUGCCUGCAACUUUAUUUUUAUCUCAGCGUUAAUUUGGGGAAGCCUUCCACUGCUCCUGGAAAGAGAGACAUCUAGCACUAAAAAGGUCCCAGAGUAAACACACGUGCAGGAUUUACCCGCAUCUCUCCGGAGCAGGGAGGAAAGAUCAAUCCUAUCACCCAUAAAUGGCAGUCGCAGGACAGAUAGGAUGAGGAACAAUAUUUCUCUAACACUGAGAGUACUGAAUGAUGUCAGUAUAGUCACAUUUUAAUCACUGCUGUCCUAAGUGAGGCAGCUGAGAAUUUUGCAGGCAGGAUUCCAGGGAAAGAGGGUUCCUUUGCAGCUGCCAAACCCCCACUUCUUAACCAUUCCCCAACUAUCUUUCCACCAGUUCUCAGUGGCAUUGAAGAGACAUGGAUAGAACCAUAAAUGGUUGAAGGUCUUUUCAUUGGCAUAACAUCCCUAGCUAGACAUGGGCUAUUACAUGUUUAAAGCACCUUACGUUUAUUUGGGGGGAGCAUAAUAUCCUCUCUAAUUUGAUAAUUGAAAACCUAGUGCAAUACUCCCAGCAGUAUGCUGGUAUUGUAAAAGUCCCACAUGCAUCUGUUUCCAUACUUUCUAAGAUGGUUCUCAAAUAAGGACAGUUCCUUGACCUUUCCAGCUCUCUGGAGACUUUUACCUUGGAAGUGUUUUCCCUGUUUCUUCCACUUGCUGGCGAAUGUUUACUUGGGACUGUGUGUUCCAACCUCAGGGAACUUGCCUGUCAAUGACCAGUUUUAAGUUGUUAAUCAAUGAACCUAAAUUCUGAGCUGCAUUUGCUUCAAAGCCAAUCAGGUUUAGUCUGUAGGAUACACAGAAGUUUCCCUGCCCACAGAGACCUUUCUGGAAAGAAAAUAAAACCAAUCCACAGCCUAGAAUCUAGGUCCUAGAUCACUGUCAUGAAUACCAAGGGAAAGUCAUAGAUUGUUGGAUUUGACUGACUGAAAGAUGUUUCUGAUGGCUCAUUUUUGACUGAAGAAAGUAUCACUCUGUUUUCGCAAUAGUUCACUCUCAUCAGAAUUUUCACAGCUGAUGAUCUUUAAAAGGAUGUUUUAAUGGAUCAUCCCAGUACUCGUUUACCAGUGAACACUAGAAAUACUCAAAGAUUAUCUCCGUGGAAGACUGGAGGAAACCCCUAAUGUUAACUGGAUUAUUAAGCAUCCUUUUAAUAAAAGACACUCAUGCGACAUUCUUGGCUGUCGUUGGCAGGCAGUUUAUCACUCCCUCUCUUCUGUUUGGAUAGGAUAAUAAAGUCAAAUAUCUUGGCUCUCUACUUAGUCUAGGAGUAGUAUAAUUCUGCCAGUGACCAAAUUAAAAAUGUCCUGGUCUACCAUUUUCUUAGGGAAAUUCUGAGACUUAAAAUGAGGGGGUGGGAGGAGUUCAGAGCCCCCAUUGGCAGUCUCUGAUGACUGUUUUUCUCUAUUUCCUCUCACCUGCAGUGUGUCAUCCACCAGCUCAUCCUCUAUACAUCUCAAAGAUUCAGACAUAGGCUUCCUUUGCCUCUAAAUGCUUUAGCCUGCAAAUCAUUCACAGAUGUUUCCAUUAGUCCUAAUUUGAGUUCAGGGUAGUUCUAUUGUAGUGGUUAAAGAGCAUCAGGCUCCACGAUGGUGGCCUCAAAGUAAAGCUGAGUAACAACUUUUGCUUCUUCCCAGUGGAGAAGUAAUUUUUUUUUCCUUUUCCAUCUUGCCUGGAAGUGGUUUUCAUUCCCCUCUGAACAAGAGAGGUGACUCUCUGCACCAUCAUCUUUGUUUGGAGAUGAGGCAGCGCUCGGAGCAAAAGGGGUACCCUGUGGGGACCGAGCUCGGCCACCACUGAGCACCCUGACCUGUGCCUGCUGCGUUUGAAGCUGAGGCUUGCCUGUGGCUGGGUUGCGGGCAGGAAUCUUCUAGCAGCCCUGGAACUGUGCAGCAGCGUUUAGGACUUAGGCUCCAGGAGAGCAGCUCCUCCCUGGAGUCCGGGUAUUUCCCCUCAUUGGGGAGCCAGGGUUGUCUUUCACAUUUUUGUGUGUGAUGCAACAAGCACAUCACUAUCAAGGCAGAAGCAGCAGCACUUCCAUGUGUGUGUGUGUGUGUGUGCUGGGAGUGUUUUAUUUCUGGCUUGACUGAGUGUGUCUUUUGUUUGCUUGUUUUUAGUAAUUCUGGCUUCCCUAGAGGGCAGUAAGAAUGAAUCCAAAGAUCUGUUAUGCAACGAUUUGUUUCAGUCAUCGUAUUAUAUCCCUUUGGUGAUCAACUAACUGCUUGAGUGUCAUCUCUUAUUUAUUUCUGGCACUCGGGUUGUGGUAUUUGAAUUGCACUAUGGAAGUGUGGGUGACUCCCAGAAUGUAUUUAGCAGAGAUAAGGCUCACAGGGCUUAGCCUCACAGUUCAGAUGGGACUUGGUCCGCAAGGGGACUGGGAACUAAAGGAUGACUCCAGGUCUCUGAAGCUUCUCUUUUCCAUGUGCCAAAAGGGAUAUGAUCCUCCUCUUAAUCCACCCGUAUUUCCUUUAAUUCCCAGAAAGCAGUGACACCGACCCCUGCUAGUCUCUUUGGUACAUUUCAGUGGAGUCCACAAAAAGCAGAACCCUAGAACCGUCAUUCGCCUUUCGAAAGGACUGUGCUCCACCUGAAUGACUCUGAGACAGCCCCAGGAGAUCUUGGUGGCUCUGUGCUAUGGGGCAAGGUCAGGGUAAAAACACUCAGUCCCAAGGCCAGUGCUCUACUGGAGAGCAGCGUCCUCGGUGAUACCUGUGUCCAGGGUACUCAGGGUGGAGUCAUCACUUCAGAGAGAGUCGGGUGCCCUUUCCCCACAGUCCGCAACCUCUCCCAUGCCGCCCUGUCCCCCUUUGCUCUUGGGUCACUUGCUGUAGCCCCCUCAAAGUCCAGAUGCCAAGGCACCAAAUGCAUCCCAUUGAGUUUCUA